UCGAACCCGGGUCCUCUGCAAGAGCAAUCAGUGCUCUUAACCUCUGAGCCAUCUCUCCAACCCCAGAAAGGGGGAUUCUAAUCAUAAUAUUUGAGAAUAAGGCAGGGAAGAAAACAAAUCAAAGCAGACUCGUUCCAGCAAUGUAAGAAAAUAAAAGGGUAUGACCAUUUCCUUCUGAAACUCUGGAGAAGAAAAGGGGAGUUGCGGGUGAACAAUGCCUCCGCCCUGGUGGCGCGCCGGGUUCAGCACCUCGGAAAGCACCCCCUCUGCGCUCCUGGGAACUACGCAUGCUCUUUGGGGCCAGCCGCGGUUACUUGGUGAGUACCAACGUAACUCCGGCAAGCUUCUCCAGUAAGUCACUGAGAAUCGACAAUAGCGGAAAACAGAAAACACCCACCUCCGAGCAGUCAGAGUGAGACACUCGGAUGUUCAUGGUCUUUUUUUCCCCUGAGAAGCCAAGAUAUUGGAAAGAGAAGCGGCCCGGGAAUAGUGCUCCAGACCAGGGAGGUGUGCCUAAGAGAGACAGAAGGGUAAGUCUCAGCCCUACUUGCAGCAGACAGAGAUGCUAACCUCGGCAGGACAACCCUUUUUCUCCAGCCACUCGCCUUAGAACUGCGCUCCUCUGCCCUUAAAUCCGGUUUGGAGCAGACGCUGGACUCCACUCUUGAGCCCAAGGCGGCUCUCCCGCGCGGAUGCGUUCUCAUCCAGUUUCUAGGCGCUGUCUUCAGCCUCUACCUAGAAAGCUCUAGAGUGCCCCACGAACCAGUCUGGGGACCACACCCAGAGCGAUCCCAGUCUCCCUGGUGCUUGGCUGAACGAACAUGACCUAGAGGCACUUGCGCAAGCAGGUGACUGCUGCAAGGGACAGCCACCAUGAAUAAGGCGAAUGCGGGUGAUGAGCUCUCAGAGUUCUUUGGUCUGAUCCCAGACCUUCUGGAGGCUGCCAACACAAGUGGCAAUGCGUCGCUGCAGCUUCAGGACUUGUGGUGGGAGCUGGGGUUGGAGCUGCCGGACGGAGCUGCUCCGGGGCAUUCCCCCGGCAGCGGCGGGGCAGAGAGCGCGGACACCGAAGCUCGGGUGCGCAUCCUCGUCAGCGCGGUGUACUGGGUGGUUUGUGCGCUGGGACUGGCCGGCAACCUGCUUGUACUCUACCUGAUGAAGAGCAAGCAGGGCUGGCGCAAAUCCUCCAUCAACCUCUUCGUCACUAACCUGGCGCUGACCGACUUUCAGUUCGUACUCACGCUGCCCUUCUGGGCUGUGGAAAACGCGCUCGACUUCAAGUGGCCCUUCGGCAAGGCCAUGUGUAAGAUCGUGUCGAUCGUGACGUCCAUGAACAUGUAUGCCAGUGUCUUCUUCCUCACCGCUAUGAGUGUGGCGCGCUACCACUCUGUGGCUUCGGCCCUUAAGAGUCACCGGACCAGAGGGCACGGCGGUGGCGACUGCUGCGGCCAGAGCUUAAGGGACAGCUGCUGCUUCUCAGCCAAAGCGCUGUGUGUGUUGAUCUGGACUUCGGCCGCGCUGGCCUCACUGCCCAAUGCCAUUUUCUCCACCACCGUCAGGGUGAUGGGCGAAGAGCUCUGCCUCAUGCGCUUCCCAGACAAGCUCCUGGGCUGGGACAGGCAGUUCUGGCUGGGCUUGUACCAUUUGCAGAAGGUGCUGCUGGGCUUCGUGCUGCCGCUGGGUAUCAUCAGUCUGUGCUACCUGUUGCUGGUGCGCUUCAUCUCUGACCGCCGCAUAGUGGGGACAGAAGGAGGGGCAACGCCUGGAGGAGGCCUGAGUGCAGCCAGCGCACGGAGACGCUCCAAGGUCACCAAAUCAGUGACCAUCGUGGUCCUCUCCUUCUUCGUGUGUUGGCUGCCCAACCAGGCGCUCACCACCUGGAGCAUCCUCAUCAAGUUCAACGCUGUGCCCUUCAGCCAGGAGUACUUUUUGUGCCAGGUAUAUGCAUUUCCAGUCAGCGUGUGCUUGGCGCACUCCAACAGCUGCCUCAACCCGAUCCUCUACUGCCUAGUGCGCCGCGAGUUCCGCAAGGCGCUCAAGAACCUGCUGUGGCGGAUGGCUUCGCCUUCACUCACCAGCAUGCGUCCCUUCACCGCCACCACCAAGCCUGAGCCGGAGGAUCACCGGCUGCAGGCCCUGGCGCCGCUCCACGCCGCGGCAGAGCCUGACCUCUACUACCCACCUGGCGUAGUGGUCUACAGUGGGGGGCGCUACGACCUGCUGCCUAGCAGCUCAGCUUACUGAAUUCCCACAAGGCCCAGGUCGAAACAAGGUAAAGGAGAGGUGAAGGAGAGGUGAAGGAGAGGUGAAGGAGGGGUGAAGGAGGGGUGAAAGCUGAUUGGAGGCUGGAGAAUCAUAAACGGAGAAGCAGGUAGGAAAAAGACUCCGGGAAGCCUGGAAAAGCAAUCUGUGAAAAGGCUGGAAAACUGUCUCUGGAGAAGCGGGAUUGUGAAAUCAGGUGACAGGACACAGCUGGCAAAGGAGUGAUCAACACACACACGCGCACACACACAACACACACACACAGGACCACAACCGCUGCCAACCUCCCUACUCCCUAUUCUCUCCUCCGUAGCCAGUUUGGGAUGCCCGCAUCCUAUCAAGAAGGAGGGUAAUUUGAGUGGGAGCUAGGCUCAGCCAAAUGACAUACAGACAACUGUAUGUCAUAAAAGUCUACUGACUUUUAUGGAACACUUUAUGGGACUUCAAAGCAGCAUCCAGCCAGGAAAGUCACCCAUAAAUCCUUUCUUUUGUACUUUGGCCUGUGAGACUGUUCCAAGCAGGCAAAGGUCUAACUUACUGUGUGGUUGCCUUGGGAGCUCGG